AUGACAUCAAUGACUGUGCUCCGGUUUUCGUCGGACUUCCCCUAUGAUGUCGUUGUCAGUUCCGAUUCUGCGAUCGGAGAAAAGAUCCUGACUGUGAAGGCUGUCGACAGGGACAUAGGAAUGAAUGGCAUAGUGCGCUAUCAUAGCGUAUCGCUUCCGCCUGUUUUCAAACUGAACAAGCAUGAUGGAAGGCUUACGAUUAAUGGGAAGCUUGACGAUGCGAAAGUAUAUCGUUUUGAAGUCAUAGCGACUGAUCAAGGAGACCCUCCCAUGAAAACUGUUCAACAAGUACGUGUCGAUGUUGUGGAGAAAGCCAGACCGAUCUUCACCAAAAAGCAGUACCAGGCGACAAUUUCUCGGCAGCAAAAGCGCCAAAAAGAAAGAAAAGUGGUUUCCAAAGUCAAAGCUACGAGCAGUGUUGGUGGACAUCUGAUUUACACCAUAGAUGACGGAAAUGAUGACGAUCUAAAUUUGAUUGAUAUGGAUACUCUAGAUGCAGAAGAACGUGCCGCCCAUAGCUUGAGGGUUAUGGCUAGAGAUGUGACGCGGAACGGCUUGAAUUCUACUGCCCAUGUCAAUAUUGAGCUCACUGGCGUUAACGACAAUGGCCCACGAUUUGAACAUCCCAUCUAUCGUGUGAAUGUCUCGGAAUCGACACCAGCUGAUACGAAACUGCUGACUGUAAAGGCAGUGGAUCCAGAUGGUGGCAACGGACUGAUUAGUUAUGCUGUCAGUGGAAAAGACUCCUCCAUUGUUCACAUGGAUCCCGCCACAGGAUUACUCAGUCUAGCCCAACAGCUAGACUUUGAAAAGCGGCAACGUUAUGAGAUGUCUCUGGUAGCAGCAGAUGACUCACAACUAGCUGGAGAGUCCAAGCUGGUGCUGACGGUGGAGGAUGUGAAUGAUGAGCCACCUCGGUUCUCUACGCCAUUCGCCGCUGCAACGGAUACCGUAUCGUCCAUCAAAGGUGAUCACCGCCUGUUGUAUUCGAUCAUCGAAGGCGAUGAGACGCUGUUUUCCGUUGCGGAGCAUACCGGAGAGGUGUCACUGCUACGUUCCAUCGACGCUGAUGAUGCAAUGAACGACGGUGGACAAAAGGUCCUAAAUGUCUCGGUAUCGGAUGGAUUGUUCACCGCCUACGGUCAACUGACGGUCUCCAUAGCCGUGUCAGGAAGUCGCCAACCGCCGCCACGAUUCGAACAGAGUCAAUAUGUGAUAGAUGUUCGCGAAAACAAUAUUCUGACGAACAAGACUGCGGUUCUGACAGUACAAGCUCGUGACGGUGUUCCACCCUUGCAUUACUCUAUAGGUACUGCUGGUGAUAAUCGUCAAAGAUCAGUGCGAAUUGAGAAGCUUACCGGUCGAAUACAUCCGAAGAUCGUGUUUAAUUAUCGUCACCAACACGAUUACAAGUGCGUUUCAGAAUUUGUAAAUUAUUUGUUACCUGUUCAUCUAUUACUUGUUUGCGUUAGUCCAAUAUAG